CAAGGAGCCCCGGGCCGAGGCUGGCUGCUCCCCUGCUCUCUCUAAAUAGGAGAUGUUCUCAGGACAGCACCCAGGGGACUGGCUGGAAGCAGAUUUGGAGGGUGAUGCACCGCGACAGCUAAAAGUUGGAUAGAGUUUCAGCAGCUACUAUAUAUAAAGCAGGGAGACUUAUGUCACUGCACUAAUUAAAUUCCUUCGGGGGCUUUUCUGAGCCUCUCGCCCCACUGCAAGAGGCAGAGAGGCCGGGGGCAGAGCAUGAUGAUGGACCUUUUCGAGACGGGCUCCUAUUUCUUCUACUUGGAUGGCGACAAUGGAGCCCUGCAGCAGCUGGAGAUGGCCGAGGGGUCCCCCCUGUACCCGGGCAGCGACGGCACGUUGUCCCCCUGCCAGGACCAAAUGCCCCCGGAGGCCGGGAGCGACAGCAGUGGCGAGGAGCACGUCCUGGCCCCCCCGGGGCUGCAGCCCCCGCACUGCCCCGGCCAGUGCUUGAUCUGGGCUUGCAAGACCUGCAAGAGGAAGUCGGCCCCCACGGACAGGAGGAAAGCGGCCACCCUGCGGGAGAGGCGGCGGCUGAAGAAGAUCAACGAAGCCUUCGAGGCUCUGAAAAGGAGGACCGUGGCCAACCCCAACCAGCGCCUGCCUAAGGUGGAGAUCCUGCGGAGCGCCAUCAGCUACAUCGAGCGGCUGCAGGACCUGCUGCACAGGCUGGAUCAGCAGGAGAAGCUGCAGGACAUGGGGGGAGAGCCCUUCGGCUUCAGCCCCAAGCAGGGAAACCUCCCCAGCGCGGACUUCCUCAGCACCUGCGGCUCGGAGUGGCAGCGCCUGUCUGAGCAUUCCCGAGCGCUGCCCGCCAGCCCCAGGGAAGGUAACGGGCAGCUGCGCCUGGGUGUGCGUGCUCACGUGUGUGUGUGCAGCGCGGGCCCCGGGGCGCCCGGGCUCUGCUCCUCGGGGUGCUUCACUCUGCGUGCCCUCUACACGCACUCACCCGCACACGCACACAUCUUUGCUCCUGCUAGUGCUUCAGUGUGUCCUACACACACACACGACCACCCACCCACGCACGCACACCCUGCUCCUCGUGGUGCUUUAGUGUGUGCGGGUGUCCUCUACGCGCACACACCCACACACCCUUGCUCUUGCUGGUGCUUCAGUGUGUCCUACACACACACGCACCUGACCCCCCCUCCACACACGCACACCCUGCUUCCCGUGGUUCCCACUGUGUCCUACACACGCACGCGCACACACACCCUGCUCCUCGGGGUGCUUCAUUGUGUCCUCUACACACACACGCACACCUCCUUGCUCCUGCUGGUGCUUUAGUGUAUCCUCCACACACACAUACACUCCCACCCCACCUACCCCCCUCCCCACACACACCCUGCUUCUCGUGAUGCUCCACUGCGUCCUCCACACACACACGCACGCACACCCCCCUUGCUCCCCGUGGUGCUGCAGUGUGUGUGUGUGUCCGUGUGUGUCCUUGUGUGUCCACGCGCAUAUCCCGGGGCCGAGCUCGCCCGCGCUGGUGUCGUUGUGUCUCUCUCCUCUCUCUUUCUGUUGUGUCCCCAAGCAGGGGGCUCCGCCGGGGACUCCUCCGCCUCCAGCAGCCUGAGGUGCCUGUCCUCCAUCGUGGACAGCAUUUCCUCCGAGGAGCCCAAGCUGCCCGGCGGGGCGGAGCUGGCGGAGAAGUGACCCGGCCGGGCAGAGGCGACCUCCCCGACAGACCCAAAGCUCGGGCCCGUGGAGUCCGGGGGGGGCCGGGCGGGGCCGGGCAGGGGCUCCGGCGUCCCCGGCACCAGCCCUGCCCUCCCCGGCCCGGGCUCGUGCCGUGCCCAGCCGAGAGACAGUCCAUUCCUGGCGCAGUCGCUGCAUCGCACGUGGCUGUGGCUUCAACGACAAGAGUUCCCGGCGGGCUUCUGUUUUGUCCUGUAAAUACUUUUCUUUUGUAAGCACGGACGGAUGGAUCUAUUCAGCGGGCGGCAGGUGAUCUUGUAUAUACGAACGGCCGGUCUCGCGGGUUGUAAAAUAAAAAAACUCUUUGUGU